CGGAACAAGAAGCUGCACAAAGAGAGUGUUAGAGAUUAAAAAUACAGGUUCUUUGUAGAUUAAGGUAAAAGUGACGCACCUAUAAUCGACAGGUAAUCAACAGCUAUACGUGAUUACGAGAUGAGAUGAUCAGUGUACAUGAUUUGAGAAAUGGCCAGUCCUGAUACUACAGAAUCCAUUGACCUGUCGGACAGUUCCCUGCUCUUGUCGUCUGAGGUUGUCCCUGGUUACCGCACGUACGGCAGUGUAGACUCACCUGUUUUCGAUGACGACGAAGCUCCCCCUGGUGGUGAAAAUGGUGAUAAACAUGUGGCAUCGGAAAGUGUGAUUCAAACUGAAGACGAUGCGGCAGACCACGCCGUCAGAGAAGCCAAAUUCAGAGCGGUGUAUCAAAGAAAUGCGAAUUCCGGAAAUGCCAACUUGCAUGCAGGGAAUCACCCCAAAAAGGGUCAUCGGUAUCUUGAGCGCCUGCGUGAAAUGCCCUGGUCCAUGAAGGAAAAACUCAGUGAAGCAAAACGCGUUCGGGCUGAGCUUGGAGAAGAAUACUUCAAUGUAAGAGGGAGGCGGAAUUUCAUCCAAAAAAGCGCAAAAACGAUUCAAAAGGGAAAGAAAAAUUGGGAAGGUGGAUUUGGUCUAAUGGACAGAAGCAUAAAGAAGAUUCAGGCAUAUUUCGGAAGUGGCGUUGCCUCCUACUUCAUGUUCCUCAGGCGUAUCAUAUGGCUGAAUGUGGCUAUUGCUUUGGUUGCAUUCGGCUUUAUCUCUGUUCCACAGAUCGUUAUACAAGAAGGAACCGUUCUUGACUUGACUCAACACGGGCUGGGUGCGCUACAGAACAGCAUUGUGUUUUACGGCUAUUACGAGGCUACCCAGAGUUUUGACCAUUAUGCCAUGCCCUUGGCCUAUCUGCUGACCGUGCUGGUCGUCAUGUCAGUUUCUGUCGUUUCCAUUGUCGUUUGGAUGGGCGUGAGUUACCGGAAGAGCAAAAUGAUGACAACAGAGGUGGAGUAUAUUUAUGGCCAGCGCCUGUUUGGAGGAUGGGAUUUCUCGAUCUACCGCCCAGAUGGAGUGUUUGACCGCCAGCUGGCCAUCAGGACGGACUUUCAAGAGUUGAUCUGGGAACACAAACUCACCGUACAAAAGGGAUUUGCGUACAGAUGCUGCCUGUAUGGUGUACGAGUCAUCACAAAUAUAACAGUACUGGGUCUUCUCGCUGGAAGUGGCUACGCAAUAUUUUACGUCUCACAACACCAAUUCGAGGAGAGUGUGUUUGGGACAUACACCGAUAUCGUUGAACAAUACAAGCUGAGUGUUGUAGUUGCGGCGCUUAAGCUUUGUAUGCCUAUGGUUCUGGUAGUCAUCGGUUACGUAGAAGACUGGACACCCAGAUUUGGCUUCAACAUCACUCUUGCCCGGACUACCUUUUUCUACUUCGCCAGUUUGCUCGUCUUCAUACUAUCGUUAUUCGCCUCCUAUAAAACAGAGACGUCGACAGAAGGCUGUAUGAACGUGACAUCAGCAGAGCCGAUGACACCUGUUGAUCCAGAAGAUGAACUGUCAAGUUGUUGGGAGACGGAGAUAGGAGAGGAAGUAUUCAAACUGAUUCUAUUAGACUUCGCCGCCAGCCUCACAGUAGUAUUUGUGUUCGAUAUACUCCGAGCAGCUCUCGUAAAAAGUCACCUUUGUUGUGACAGAGUGACAUACAACUCCUUCGACGUAACCGGAGGGGUUUUGGAUGUUGUGUACUGUCAGGGCCUGAUCUGGCUGGGGAUCUACUUCUCUCCCCUGGUACCGCUCUUUGGGACGUUCAAGCUGCUGCUGACGUUCUUCAUACGCUAUAUGGUGGCUCGUCUUGUCAACGUUCCACCUAAACAACUAUAUCGUGCUUCCAGGUCCGGCAAUUUUAACAUGGCCAUUCUACUAGCAAACUUGUUUCUGUGCAUGUACCCUCUCAUGGUGGUGCUGUUCCAACUACGUCCGUCUCGCCAGUGUGGCCCCUUUAGAGCCUAUUGCUAUGUUUAUGAAGUUUUAACUACCCAAAUCGGAGAAGUGCCGGAAUGGCUGGGCAAAGCGAUUGAGUUCGUGAGCUCGCCAGAAGUGAUUAUCCCAGUCCUCGUCCUGUUAGUGCUGGUUGUCAUAUACUAUAAAAUAAAAUCCAGUUCUUACACAAAUGUCAUCAAAGAACUUCGAGAACAGCUGAAAUUUGAGCGUCGUGAAGUGAGACGCCGCGUGUUCCACGUUGCAAGGACAACCCAUGCCAAACCCGUAACAUGAAUGUGGAUUACUCAUCAAAAUUUGGAAAAGUAAAUGCAGGACAUUUGGACUGCUGUCCAAGUUCAGCUGGAGUCGAUCUCUACCACUGACAUCAUCACUGUCAUUUCUCGCUUCCAGAUGAGGGCCACGACAGCAAAGAUUCUAAAGAUACUUGAGAUUGUACUAAAAAUAUUAUUGUACUUACACUCAUAUGUACCAUACAUACCUUAAAUGACAAAACAUAAUUAAACUGUAGCUUCGGCUGCAAACAGUAUUACACAUGUUCUUAUUAUUGCUCUUUUUAAUUAUAGGAAUUAAAAGAAUAAAAUAAUAUACUCUUAGUUGUUUCGGAAGACGUGAUGCCAGCAGAAAUAGCUGCGUUCUUGGGUUAUAUAAAUAACUUCCGCCUGAUGGGUUAAAAUUGAUAAUUAUGGCGGUGCUCAAAAUUUUCUU